GCAGCAGAUGAGCUAUCGUCUCUGACUUUACAUCUACAAGGUGGACUGACAAGGAAGGAGUGUCUAAUAGAGUGGACAGUGAAUCUCUUCAUCCCUGUGUUCCACUCAGUGAUCUCGGCCUGUUCUCAGAAACACAAAAGAACCUCAGAGAACAACCUGAAUCAGAGUGAGAUCAUGUGACAGCUCACCCAGCUCCUCCUCCAGCACCAGCCAAAACAAGUCUGACUGCGAGGAGAAGGUGUUAGCAGACAUGGACUUUUAACAAAGACAUCAUACUAAGUACUUGGAACUUCUGCCUUUGUAAUUUUUCGUAAAGGAUACAACACUCAGAGACCGAAUACCGUGUGUGGAAUUAGUAUUUUGAAGAAGAAAACAUGAUGUGGAGGAACUACGUUUCUCUGCUUCUCCUCCUCUUUGGGUUGAGCACCGUCUGGGCGCAGACCGCCUCACCUGAAAAAUAUUGUGAGAACAGCACAACCUGUAACGACUGCUUGAACAACGCUUCAUGUUUGUGGUGUAUAAAGACCUCAUCAUGUUUGACGUAUCCUGUCAAAACCAUCCUGCCUCCCUACUCUCUCUGCCCGCUCAACGAUGCUCGCUGGGGGGCGUGCUCCAUAAACUUCCAGGUCCUGAUCAUUACGAUCUCGGUGGUGGCGGGGGUCCUCAUCAUCUCCUUCUUCUUCUGCCUCUUCUGCUGCUGCAAGUGUGAAAACUGCGGAUCCUCAAACUUUGAGCACAAGAUGCAGCGGCAGGCGGAGAAAAGGAAAACCAAACAGGAACAGCGGAAAGCCGAGAUGAAAAUCAGACAUGACGAAAUCCGGCAGAAAUAUGGUCUCAGCAAGGCCAGUCCUUAUGCUAGGUUUGAGAAUCCUGCCUGAAGAGAAGGAUCAUUACAUGUCUUGCCAUCAAACCUUCAAAUUACACAGUGAACUGCCUUUUAUAAAAUUUUCAAUUAUUAUGACUUUUUUUAACCUGAUCGUGUCUGAUUUCAGUAGCUGUAUUGAACUGUAAGCCCACCUUUAAAGAUAUCAGAGUUUUCUUGCAGACUGACUUUUAUAUGCUCAGCAUUUUGAACGUGUUUCAUGGGGCUGCUUACCUGGGAUUUUUCUUCUACAUGUUUUUUUUUUUGAAGACUGCUGUAAGAUUUAAUGCUAUUUAUAGUAAUCACAGAAUGCUCUGUGCUCUUACGUGUGCGAGGUUUGACUGUUAGAAUACAAUAAAUGCAAAACAGUUCAAUAAAA